AUGUGCAACUUUCACACCUUCCCUCCAACGAUAUCGUGCACUACCACUCUGCCUCUACGCAUGACGGUCGUACCCAACACGCUCUGGCGCUGGAUGUGGAAGCCCACAGUCAGCUUAGGGUGGAUGAACACCCCAUUUGCGCUGCAAGCUUUCCUUCAAAAUCAGGUCGAUCAACUCCUCAAAGAGGCGCACCGACGAGACUGCGCCGAGUGGACGCAUGAGGACCUACGCUCUACAUCGCCCGCCUUCCGCCUCGCUAAGAAGCAGAGCUUGUUGAGCGAGUGCCCGGGCAUGCUCUCUGGCCUCGGAGCAGUAGCGCUGAACGAGGAUGCCUGGUCGCCUAUGUACGUCCUUUCUACAGUGACCAUUGCGCGUUCUGCACUAGCAGAAACACCACAUCUCUCCGACUUCCGUAUCCUCAACGUCGUUUGGGAGCACACACGAUCCGGCACCUUAUCUGUUACACUGUUCAAUAACCAUCUUGAUGGGGAAUCAGACUUUCGACACAUCGUCACCGAGGGCCUCUCUACGAAACGGCGCUCCCAGUGGACACCAGGGCGCAGGGGCAGCGGCUUCCUGAGCGCUGUUCGAGCGCUCAUGACCGAGCUGUACCUCCCCCAAACCGUGCCCAUCAAGGAUAUUUCGCCCAGCGUCGCUUUGCGCGUCGGCGACUCGGUAGGCGAAUACGGAUGGAGCGAGCCAAAGGACGGGCAGCGCGAACUGAUGCUUAGACAAUACGAGCUGUGUCCACUCAGCCUGGCGAACGUGCAGAGCGUACCUGGUAUCCCCAGUCACCUCAUAACGACCUUUGAUAGUCGCUCACUGUUCGUGGCGGCCGCAGACUUUGCCUUUCCAUUCGACCAGGACGCCCCGAGGGCCGUUCGGGAAAUCUCGAAGGAGAAACGGGUUUCCGCCAUCUAUCGAGAGCGCUUCCUGCUACGCAUGUCCCAAAAGACGAUCGCGGACGUGAGGGCGACGGAACCCGCCCACGAGCGACCGCUGGUGCAAGCAGACGAGGUACUGGUGACCAUCAGCGGUCUCCACCCGUCAUCCACUCCAGAAGCCCUCUUCUCGACCGUGUGGAGCAUCUUUCCACCUCAGCGAUCUUGGGCCAUCCUCGCUCCCGGUCACAACCUCUCACAGGUCGUCUUCUACAAGCCACUGCCGGACGAAAGUGUUGGCGGGAGGGUGGCAUCGAUGCCUCACUUUUUCCACCGUGGCUACCUCAUCCCGUUGGGCCCUCCUCUCAGCAAACUCGGAGUCAACUACUCGGGCGAUCUGGAUCUCACGGAUGCCGGCCACGCAGUCGUGACGACAGGCCCACGGUUCAGCGCGUACCUUCUGCACCUAGGAUUAGCUCUCAACACGGCAUUCUGCACCAUGCCUGAGCUAGCUGCGGAGCUCGCGGUGGACAUCCUCACCGACUCCAAGGCGCAUCCCCACAGCUUCGGGCGGGUCCUCUCCGCAUCUCGAUGCGUGAACGAGGAUGGGAAGCUCGCAUAUCAUGCUGCCUUCGAGGCUGCCUGGCGACGCUUAGACUCUUCGUUGGCCGACCCAGCUCUGGGUCUAUACCCGUACGCCUUUGAGGACGCCUCCGAAGAGAAAAUGCUCAUCGAGCGCCUGGGCAUGCGGCCGGUCCCCGUACAGCCGCACGUCCAACACCUGCUGGAAAAGGCUGGUGCGUACCCUGCCGUCAAGGCGUACGCUGAGGCGCUCCUCCUUUCCUCCCCCGGGACCCUGCAGCAGCCUUACGGGACAGAAAACCUCGUAGCCGCGCUCUCCAUACUAUUUCCGAUGUGUCGAGGCGACGUCCUUUCACUACGCGGGUACGACCAUCCCUACCCGCGCGUCGUGUGGGACGUGGCCGCGGAGAUCUUCGUCAUGAGCGCGUCUGUCAUCUGCGAAGAGCACGCUGCUCUGGAGCCCGCCGAGACAUGCGUAUGCUGGGUUGGGCCGGUGCUGCUGGAGGCCGUCGCGAGCUGGCGGUCGAAAACGGGCGGGCCUACCAGUGGACCACAGGCGAUGUCGGAAACCUCCGUGUUUUACGCCCUGCUGCAGUGUACGCAGCCUGCACCGCGAGCCGCCUCCAGCUCUUCGAUCAGUUCCAUACGAACGGCGCAGACAUGGGACGACGGCGAGAUCGAGUAUUGCGACUCUCCCGUCCCGAGCGAAACCAGCGCAGGGCCCGCUACGCAGCCACAGGCCGCGAGCUCGUUCGCUUACCGGUCCCCCGUGUCGCCCUCGCAGCGUCGACGCAACCACGCGCGCUCCCCCGCCUUUGUCAUCACGCCCCUCCCGUCAAAACGCAAACCGUACACACGGACAUCCCUUGGACGCGACCGCGCCUUGGCCGAUAUAGAUGCGUCUGACCUCUUGGGCGAGAACCGUGGCCGCGCCACAUCCCCACGCGCUCCGCAGGCCCUCAAAGACAUCGUGGGCGAUAUGCACCGACACAUCGACGGCAGCGAUGAGCUCGCGCACGCACAUGCGAUCAAUGAAGAGCUACGCGCGACCCUUGCGACAGAGCGCGCCGAGCAUACGGCGGUGGUCGCGGCGAAGGAAGAGGCGUUGGCGGCGCGCGAGCUGGCACUCGAGGACAAGGACGAGAUGCUGCGCGGACGUGAAGCGGAAGGAGGAGAGGGAAAGGAGGGAGAGGGCGAGGUUGCAUGCGGAGGCGGCGUCGAUUCAGGAGAGGCUGUUGGAUAUUCUCCGGGCGCAGAGUGA